CACCAGGCGGAAAUAAACAAUGAAAAGCCUCCAGCAGCGUUAGUUUACUGAUGUGUGGACCGAGCUGGAAGACGGUUGUGUUGUCGUAUCUCAGAUGAAUAUUUCAUCAGUUGAAGUAACGAUGAAUUCAGUUCAGAAUCUGAGAGAGUUGAUCAACGAGCGACUAACUGCUGCUGCUGAAGAAAUAUUCAAGGAGUUUGAAAAAACCAUCGUCCAGUACGAGGAAGAGAUCGAUCGUCAGCGCAGAAUGCUGGACAUCAUCUGGAAACCACAGAUAACGUUACACACCUUCAAACUCCCACAGUACUAUGUCUGCCAGAAGGAGGAAUUUAAUGCUCAACAACAGCUCUGUCACCAGGAGGGGAACUGUAGUUUGGAAAAAGAGGACCCAGAUUUUCCACAGACUAAGGAGGAACAGGAGGAACUUUGCACCAGUCUGGACCAAGAGGACGAAGAACCUCCACAGAUUAAAGAGGAAGUGGUGGAAAUCUGCACAAGUCUGGAUGGAGAGAAGUUUGUAAUGAAGCAGGAGACUGACAUCUUUGUGGUGACCCCUCCUUAUGAGGAAAGUGAGCACACUGAGCGAGAACCAAAAAGCGACCAGCUUCUCUCUCACGAGUCUCCUGUAGUUGAGAGCUCAGUUCCAGAAGUAAGCAUGCAAGUAGACUCAGGAUCAACUAGAAAAGCAGAGCUGAAGCCAGAGAAGAGAUAUGAGGGAAACAGCAGUUGCAGUAAAAAUGCAGACAAUUCUCUUUUAGAGAAUAACUGUGAUAAUUAUACAGGGAAAAAGCCUCUAACACAAGAUAUCUGUGGAAAAACCAUGAAAGAUAAAUCCAAACUAACAAAACAUUUCAUAGUCCCCACAGCUGAGAGGCCAUUUGCUUGCGAAACGUGUGGGAAAAGUUUCAGAUAUAGCACAUACCUAAAAGUCCACACAAGAAUUCACACAGGUGAGAAGCCGUACCUUUGUAACACCUGUGGGAAAAGGUUUAGUGAUUCUUCAACAUUUAGAAGGCAUGUGGCAAUCCAUACAGGUGAGAAACCAUUUUCUUGCAGUUCAUGUGGUAAAAGUUUCAGUCACAGUGGUGCUUUGAAAGUCCACAUGAGAAUACACACGAAUGAGAGGCCGUACCUUUGUAACACCUGUGGAAAAGGAUUUCCUCUUCCAACACAACUUAGACGUCACACAAGAAGUCACAUGGGUGAGAGGCCGUACCUUUGUAAUACCUGCGGAAAAAGUUUUGGUCAGAGUUGCACUUUGAAAGUCCACAUGAGAAUGCACACGGGUGAGAGGCCAUACCUUUGUAAUACCUGCGGAAAAAGUUUUGGUAGGAGUGAUACUUUGAAAGUCCACAUCAAAGUCCACACAGGAGACAAAUCAUGAACGACAGAAUCAUCUGUGGGAAAGUCAUCAGGGAACAAAGCUUAAAAUAUGUAAGAAUUGGUCAAGGUUGAAAGUAGAUCUCUGACUUUUAAAGCACCUUUGUUCUGUGCUUUAACAUUAAUGGUGAGGUUUUUAAUCAGCUGGUCAUUUUCAGUCCUCACCUAUCAAUAUAGUGCAAAAAGAUGACGGAGGGUUUUUUGAUUCAUCUGCACCUCGAUUGAGACUCAAACAAGAGAAAGGCUGACAGAGUCUGUAGUUGCAUUUGACAUGGCGUGCACAAUAUGGAGAAGGAGAUGGAGUCUGGAUGGAGGAGGGCUGCAGCCAUCUGACCCAAAUGAUAGGUGGCAGUUGUCAGUCAGUCAGAUAAAGUUCCACAUAUAGGUUCUUCAUUUAAGAAGAAAUGUGAAGAGGAAAAGACUUGCAUGUUUUUUCAAUAAUUGGUCCAAUAUUGUUUUGUUGUAAAAAAAAAACAAAAAAAAAACAAGCAAGAUAAUGUCUUUCUUAUUACUUGAAAGCUUCAGCUCAUGUGUUUUCAAAUUAAAUUGCUGAUGUUGAAAAACUU